AGUCUAUAAUCCUAUAUAGCUUAUAACCUAUUGACUAUGGUCUACAGCCUAUGGAUUAUGGUCUAUUGCCUAUAGACUAUGGCAAAGGCGAUAAGCUGUAUUUGACGACGAUAAGCAAAACGACGACAUCGUCGAAGGACGUGGCAAGGGACGAGGAUUGGCAUUGCAAGGGGAACGUAGUUGAGUCAGGAGGCGCAACAGAGCAGGAAGAAGAAGAGGAAGAGGAAGAAGAAGAAGAGGAGGAGAAGGAGGAGGAGGAGAAGGAGGAGGAAGAGAAGAGUGUGGAGUUGAAGAAAGAGAAGAAAGAGAAGAACAAGAAGAAGAAGAAGAAGAGUGAAAACAGUCGCACAGUCUGUGAAGAGGCGAAGGAUUGGAAGGGGAUGAGGUCGGGAAAGGAGAGGAAGGAGAAGAAGGGGAGGAAAUUGCGUGGAGGAGGAGGAGAGUAUGCACUGGGCGGAAGAGUAGAGUCUCAAGAAGAAGAAGAAGAAGAAGAAGAAGAAGAAGAAGAGGAAGGAGGAGGAGAGGAAAGAGGAUAUUAUGUGGGAGGAGGAGAAGGAGGUGUUGGUGAAGGAGAAGAGGGUGGAGGAGAGGAGAUAGGAGUGGUCGAAGAAGCAGGAGGAGGAGUUGGGCAAAAAUCUUCUCCUUCGUCGGCCUCUCCUUCUUCUUCUCCCUCUUGCUCCUCUUCCUCCUCUUUCUCCUAUUCUUCCUCUUCGUUUCGUUGUUCUUCCUCUUCCUCUUCUUCUUCUUCUUCUUCCUCUGCUUCUUGGAUGCCGGCCAGGACGCAGAGGAUGGAGAGGAAGCCGAGGAUGCAGAGGAAGGAGAGUACAGAGAGAAAGGAGAGUAAAGAGAGGAAGGAGAGUAAAGAGAGAGGAAGUUGUGCAACCGACGGCCAAACGACGACGAGACGAAGGAAGAGCAACUGUCUGUCGUCUGGUGGAACUAUGAUCUCCUCCGCCCAAAAGCGUUACUACACGUGUGGCAUGUGUGGUGCUUCUUUUCGAAAGCCGGCGUAUUUGCUUAACCAUCAACGGAAGCACACUGGAGAGAAACCAUUCCUCUGUCCAAUUGAAGGAUGUGACCGAAGCUACAAGAGGUCUGAUCACCUUAACCGCCAUCUACGAUCCUGUCACGAGUACGGAGAGUCCUCAUUCUCAUGUCCGUAUCCCGACUGCAAAGUGACCUGUGCUUACCGCUCCAACCUCAUACGGCAUAUCAAGAACCAGCAUCCUUCUUCAAAGGGAUCACCCAUGGAGGGAGGAGGAGGAGGAGGAGGAGGAGGAGGAGGAGGAGGAGGAGGAGGAGAGGAGGGGAAUGGAGAAUCAAACAAGCAGAAGAGGAGGAGGAAGGAAGAUGAAGAAGUAUGCAACAAGCGGCGGGGCAUGUCCUCCUCACAGCGAGCUCAGGAGGAGGAGGAGGAGGAGGAGGAGGAGGAGGAGGAGGAGGUGGGAAGACAGGGAGGAGGAGCAGAGGGAAUGGGAGAAGAGAACAUGCUGAAGAGGAGGAGAAAAGCGGAGGAAACAGGGAUGAAGAGGAAACGCCGCCGCAAAGACUCUAUAUCAACUGAGAACAAGCAGGAGCUGAAAGAAGAAGAAGAAGAAGAAGAAGAAGAAGAAGAAGAAGAAGAAGAAGAAGAAGAUGAUGAUGAUGAAGUGCGCAGGCGCGUAAAAGACUAUAUCAUGGAUCGCACCGGCAUUGUGGGUGGGUGCUUAGUGUUGUUCCCUAAUCCUAGCCGUCGAAGAUUACAUCAACUUGACACGCUUGCUGCCACGUAUGCAUCUUGUAUCUGUGCUGCAGAGGGCUGUGGCAUGAAGUUUCCCGAUCCGCGAACACUCAGUGAACAUUGUCGGAACACUCAUCGACAUGUCAAAUGUUCUGUUUGCUCAAUUCAGAUAACCAGAGCGAAGUACAAGGCCCAUUUGAGAACCCAUAACCUCGACAGACCCAGACAUGCAUGCACAUAUGAAGAUUGCAAACGUUCUUUCUCCAAUGGCAGCAAUCUUGCCACUCACAUCCGCAGCUACCAUCUUCGGACCUACGAGGUCGUCUGUCCCCUUUGCUCAAAAACUCUGAGAGAUCGCCGAACUCUCGAGCGACAUCUGGGCGCUGUCCACUCUUCUCCGCGCGAUGCUGAGAAGAAAGAAGGAAGGGAGCGGACGCGCAAAGAGGUUCCUUUCGACUUCAUAGAGACUCUGGCCACGGGGAAGACGUGUCUGCAGAAGGCUGAUGCUGACAGCGAACCGAAGAAAUCCAAAAGAACAAAAAAAACGAAAUCGAAAACCAGGACUUGAACACAGUGACCCCUUGCAGAUAUAGGUCUGUUGUUCUCUUCUCCUGCUGGUUCUGUGUGCGUGGGUGUUUGUGUGGGAGUCUUUUGUGUACGGUGUGUAUGUGCACUUUCCCCUGGCUCUGUUUGUUUUGCCCGUGUGUUUGUCCAUUGCUGUGAUGUCUGUCUGUUUACGGUGGGGGGCGGGCGUUUGUGUGGGAGUCUUUUGUGUACGGUGGGGGGCGGGCAGGGAAAGGCGUGUACGUGCAUCCUCCCCUGGCGCUGUUUGUUUUGGCAUUGUGUCCACAAUAUGUUUAUGUAUUGCUGUGGUGCAUCUGCUUACCUCUGUCCACCAUUCGCCUGUCAUAGCUCUUU